GAGAGGGAGUGGUGUAGUGUCUCCAUCAGUGAGAGGAAGAAGACACAGUCGCCCACGGAGAAAGAGAAGACAGACGCGUUGCCGUGGAGACGGAGCGCAGACAAAAAGACGGACAGAGGAAGAGGCUUGAAGGACUUUCUAUGAGUGUGUGUGUGUGGUGUGUGUGUUGGAGGGCAAGCAGCUGAUUGGAACACACAAGGAGGGCGGAGCCAUGAUGGGCAAGGACUACAUGCUGGCCAUCAUCAUCGUCAACUGUGAUGACAACAUCUGGACCGACCAGAACCUGCUGCUGGACCAGGACCUCCCAUCUGGCUGGAGAACCAUCAAAGACUCCACGGGGACGUACUAUUGGCACGUUCCCACUGGCACCACUCAGUGGCAGCACCCCCGACUAAACGGGGUGCCGCAGCAGCCGCCGCAACCCGAGCAACAGAAGGACCAGAAUGGAUCGAGCAACUGCAGCGCAGAUGCUGACAGAGCACAUGGCGCACAUAGGUUUUGGUGGUCUGAUGAGUCUUGUAGCCAGGACGACAACUCACAGGAUACAAAUACAACAUAUACAUUUAAUAUAAACACACACACACACACACACACCAAUCCUAUAAUCCCGUUUAAUCUGAUCUCAUGUCCGUGUCCUCCUUUCCGGUGUUGUCCGCCCAUCUUGACGCGCACGAGUGCCCAUCAGUGCUUUUCCGUGCGCUCCCUGGGCUGGCUCCAGGUGGAAGAGGACGACUUGUCCCCGGGCCGCAGCAGUCUGGUGGUCAGCGACGUCAUCCAGCAACUGUCUCGCUGCGGCGGCGACGAGCAGCGCGACCGGCUGGGGUCCUCGGGGGAGGGUCGCGACAUGAUGCUGGUUCUGAAAAGAGACACCCUGACCCUGGUGGAUGCUUUAGACCACGCCCCCUUGUACUGUCAGCCCAUUGUCAACAUUCGCGUCUGGGGGGUGGGCAGCAACAAUGGCAGGGACAGAGACUUUGCCUUUGUUGCGGGGGACAAGGACAGCUGCGUGCUCAAGUGCCACGUUUUCCGCUGUGAUGCCCCCGCCAAGGCCGUCGCCAUGGCGCUGCACCAAAUGUGCUCCAAGAUGAUGUCAGGUCAAAAAGCCACCCGCUCGCUCACCAUGGAGAGCAUCGUGCCGGAGGACCUACCCGGACAAGUGGACUUCCUGGAGGCGGUGCGGCAGCAGGUGCAGAAGUUUGACGUCCGCUACGUCGGGUGCCUGCCCGUGUCCCGCGCCAUGGGCAUGGAGGUUUUAAACAGCGCCAUCGAGAGCAUCUUGGACGCCACCGAGCGUGACCAGUGGGAGGCGAGCGUCAUCCACGUGACCGACAACAUCCUGUCCGUCUUCAAGGAAGGGGAGGAGCCGUUCUGGGAGUGCCAGGUGCGUCUCCUCAGCUUCCUCGGCGUGGGCCAGGACAGUCACACCUUCGCCGUGAUCGCAGACGGCGGCACCCAGCGCUUUGAGUGCCACGUGUUCUGGUGCGAGCCGGACGCGGGGCUCCUGUCCGAGGCGGUCCAGGCGGCGUGCAUGGUUCACUACCAGAAGUGUUUGGUGGCUCAGACUCCGCCCCCCAGGACCAAGCUGUGGCACGCAACCCCGCCCAAGAUCAGACGGGCCAACUCCAUGGACGGCGUCGCUUUCCCGCCUCGAGGCUGGCGCCUCCACGACAAGGAGAGCGGCGGCGUGAGGCGGAGCAUGAUGGCCUUUUUUGACACUUUCAGGAACAAGCGAGCUGCAAUGUCCUGAUGAGGACGAGGCGCACGUCCGAGGACAUUAGAACCAAACCGUCAGAGCCUGCUGGUGCUGGACUUCAAGCGGUCACACGGUGAUCCCCCUCAGCUGCACGUCAUGGAUGUCAAUUCAUCAUCAAUAAAGUCAUUAUUGAUCAACUUUUAUUUUGAAAGGGUCUUUGUAUCGUCCCAGCUAGAUAGGCCUUAUAGGCCCAUAGGGGGUCUGCAGAGGAAAUUUUAGACUGAUCCGAUUUUUUUUUUGAUAUUACUGUAGCCGAGUGUCCUGGGUUCACAUAUUCUGUGUACUUAUGUAUAAUAAAAUAAUAAAUGGGAGU